AUGCCAACUUACCCUAUCCGUCGCCGGCCGCGCGAGUGCAAGACUUGUCUACCGUGCCGAGCGAGCAAAGUCCGCUGCGAUCGCAACGUUCCCUGCGGCAAUUGCACCAAACGAAACUUCACCUGUUCCUACGGUCUUUUGUCUCCCCCACGAUCCCCCCCGUAUGCCUACUCGGCUCCCACACGCGAUGGCUCAUAUUCGACCGAACCUCCAUCAAGCAGCAGCAUCGAUCCGGAAUUACCGGACAUCAUCGAUAUUUCGCAGACAGAAUGGGAUGAAAUCAACACCAAAAUGGUGGCAAUGGAACAGAUCAUUGGCAGUCUGCACUCACUAUUCCAGAUACACUCGACCCGCAGGCAGCCAGAACCAGAACCAAUUGAACGAAAAGGUUCCACCCGGUCGGAAGGUGUCUACGGGUCGAAUGUCCUGAAGACAGGUGCUGUCCACCUCGGAUCGCGUUCCGCCUUGGUUGAUAUCUUGGACAAAUCGAAAAGCUCGGAGGAUACAGCGCAGGCGCUUCCCCAAGAAGAUCUCCUUGCUGAACUUGCGUUGGGGAAUGAGUCGGUGGCGUACCCCUUUGUGGAUUUAUGGUCCUCCGACCCGUUCACAUUCAAUAUUGCGGGGGUGUGUGCGGUUCUUCCGGAGGACGAGCAAUUGCUUUCGGAUAUCUCGCAGUUAGAGCGACAAACAAAACGACUUCUCGAUAAUCGACGACGAGCAGGGGGUGCGUAUAAAGCCGAUGCCAACGGGUUAGUGAAACCGUUUGGGAUGGAUUUGGCUUUUCUGAGUCUUCUCUUUGCGGUUCUUGCAUCAGGGUGUCAACUUUCUGACAUCCCCGAGAGCGACCGAGAGUUGACUUCGUGGGUAUACGUUUCUUGUGCAUAUCAAUGUCUUCGGAUGUUGAAUUAUGUAGCACAACCCACUAUAGAAGUAAUUCAGAUCCUUCUCAUUAUUAGCAAUGUACUUUCGUACAAUAUGAAUGCAGGUGCAUCAUACACUUUGCUUGGCAUGACGGAGCGAAUGUGUCUGGUUCUCGGGCUUCAUGUUGAGUCGACAGGGUUCUCACUGGCAGACCAGGAAGUGCGCAGACGUGUCUGGUGGACAAUGGCCUUCCAGAACAGUCAUUUCUCUCUUGCGUAUGAUCGACCAUCCAUCACCAUGGUCAGCCAACCUGAAAUCCCAUUCGACCCCAAAUCCAUGCCGGGCCAUCGCUCGUAUUUCGAGACGCUGUGUCGCAUUGUAUCCUUGGCCUUGGAAGUGCUGCGGUCGCGCAUGUAUCCCGGCUCGUCUCAGUUGCGAGUCCAUGAGAUUCGGGAGUAUAAACAACAGAUUCAGCGCAUGCUCGCUGAGGCAACCCCUCAUCUGCGGUAUCGAGACAAGUGCCGGACUCUCGCCGAACAUAUCGAGCGCACCGAGUUGCGCCUGCACUCUUCGUAUCUGCUUUCCGUAUUGUGCCGUGUCUCCCUCGAUCCACAUGCCCACCUGGACGAACAGCGUCGCGCGACGAUUCGCGAAGAUUGUAUCAGCAGUCUGGUCAACACGAUCGAUGCGUUUGUCGAGUUGCACGAGAUCAAUUCCCACUGCUCACGGUCCUGGAUCAGUCUGCAGCGAACCGUUGCGUCGGCCUUCUUGCUCGUUGCUAAUGAUCACAGCUCCCAGACCUGGCAGUUAAUUGACCGGUUAGAGAUGGUUCUGGGAGAUCAUGUCUAUGCAGACGGUGACAUGAACCACAACAGUCGCACCGACUCGGCCAAGCAUUUGGCCUCGUCACUCCGUGCUCUGCGUGAGAUCCGCGAGUCCUUCAGCGCCAACGCUCGCAAGCUUCCUGCGACAGGGCAACAACCGAGACCUACCUUUUCCCCCUUGGUCUUGCCCUCCCCUCCCUCUCUUGAACCCAGCCCCAACAUGCCAGCACUGGCACCAGCCAAUGUGGGUCUGCAGCCGAUGGAAGGUCUAAGCAUGCGGAACAUUCUGGGUCGGGUCUCCGACGUGAUGUUAUUCCCCAGUAUGAGUGGGGACAACCCAGUAGUAUAA